UGUGAUUCAAACGAAUGAAUGUAAUUAGGUGUGAAAUAUAAAGCUGAAGGUGUGGCACCACACAAUAGUCUAGUGUCUUUGGCAGUCAGGUACACCAUGACAGCAUCAUUUCUGUGGGAUAAGUUCUCUGAAUAUUUUGUACACAAUUACUCAUUAGAAGAUUGUUAAAUGUAACGAAGAGUGAUGUGUGUAAACGGUAUCAUUGUUUAUGCACUGCGUCUGUUUGCUUGUAAGGAGUGGGAUGGAUAUUGUGCUGGAGGAUCAGGAAUAAGACACCGCAGAUUCUGGUAGUUUAAGUUGUUAUUUGAUGUUUGGUGCUCUCAGAGUUCCAAGCUGUGUCUUUGUAUAUGGUUUCUAAAUUGGAAAUGUGGAAUAUACAUCAUGUAUACUUUUUUGAGCAGAGACAAUCCACUUGAUAGUGCCAUUUUCACAGGUCAUGUGGUCACCUAAGUGAGUGAUCAGUGCGUGUUUCUCAAUUUGUAAGCCAUCCAGCAGUUUUUUCAGCCAACAGAAAUUACCUUCUCAGAACACGUUUUGUUAGAAGUGGAUUUCUGGCCCCCUCUUUACUAUAAUGACUGCAUCUUACUGAAGUGUUGUGCAUUAAGAAUUGACAAAAUAGCUCUAUACGGCCAACACAAGUCUGUCACAGUUUGAUCCAACAUUUGAUACGGAUUAAUGCUUUAAUUGGAGGAAAAUCCAUUCCACCCUGCAGACUACAUGGAAAGUUACUUGUUGCAUCUUUCCGUUGGAGAUACUCACUUUCUGCUAGCCAAUCAAACCUUUGGGAAUUUCUUGGAACCUUCCAGUGAUUAUUUCCAGAGAGCUGGAGGUUGACAUCUUUAAUUUCCUGCAAUAAAACAAUUCACAGACCCAAAAAUAGUUAUACCAGUGUGGAAUUCAAAUCAGCAAUAUUGUAAACUGUCCUGCCAUUGUGAUAUUUUGUUGCUUUAUUGAUUUCAUAUUUUGAAAUCACAUCUUUGACAUUCAGUUAAGCAGUAAUGGGCAAAGGUAGGGGAAAAGGAAAACACGGUGUGGGAGUAGACAGCAUGCCCACCCCACCAGACGGGGGUUGGGGCUGGUUCGUGGUACUGGGGUCAUUCCUGCUUCAUGUGGUGGCUGAUGGAAUCGUCUACUCUUUUGGAGUAUUCUACAUGGAGUUCUUGACUUACUUCAAGGGAGGAAAAGGAGAGACUGCGUGGGUGGGGUCACUUGUCCCAGGUGUCACUUUGCUCGUUGGACCAUUAGCGAGUGCCUUGACCAACAGAUAUGGUUGCCGCUCAGUGACGAUAGUGGGAGCCAUCAUUGCAGCAGUUGGUUUCAUCCUUAGUCUGUUUGCACCCAACAUUUACUAUCUCUUCUUUAGUUUUGGCAUUCUUUCAGGCCUAGGGUUUGGAUUAAUGUACCUUCCUGCCAUAGUGAGUGUCAGUCAUUAUUUUGAGUCAAAGCGGUCCUUUGCAACUGGAAUUGCCGUCUGUGGAUCAGGCAUUGGGACUUUUAUUUUUGCACCAGUCUCCAAACUAUUGGUAGAUGAGUAUACAUGGAAAGGAGCUGUACUCAUAGAGGCAGGAAUCAUUCUGAACUGUAUUCUGUUCGGGGCCUUGUUUAGACCUUUGGUUGUAAAACAUGAAAAUGCAGAUAGGGAAUAUGAUGAAGAAAAGGGCAAACAAGAGGAGAAAGAUAAACUCAUGAAAAAACCCACAGAAUCUAACGGUGUUCAAUAUACAGAUCAGCAGGGGGAUCUCCCAGACAUUCAAAAAACUGGGACAAAAGACACCCUGGCCAUUCCUAAUAAACAUUUACAGAAUCUGAUACUCCAGAAUGACACUAAUCAACUGUUUAGAAGUGAAGGAGCCAUAAACAACAUUGCGUCCAAAACGUUAUCUGCCUCUCCAUCAAAACAGUCUUUCAAUCGUCAGACAUCUACGCAAUCUCAUCUGACUCCAUCUUCUGGUCCAAUGUACAGAAAGGACAUCUUUUAUAGUGGUAGUCUCAUCAAUAUCCCCCAGUAUCGGUCAAACCCCAACCUGUUUAUCACCAGUAUAACCUCACUCCCGGAUGUGAUCCCUGAUGACCAGGACUGGUGUCUGUUCCGGUGCCUUGGGCUCUCUCCAGAAAUGAGGGAUGCCAUCAGACAAAUGAUGGACUUUUCUCUUCUUAAAGAUGUCAUUUUCUUACUCUUCACCAUUUCCAACAUUUGCACCAGUAUUGGUUUUAACAUGCCAUACAUAUACCUCCCAGAUCGAGCUCAUGAGGUGGGAAUUAACAAGACAGAUGCCACAUUCCUUGUGUCUGUUAUAGGGAUUGCAAACACUAUUGGUCGAGUGGUGUUUGGAUGGAUGGCGGACAAACCCUGGGUGAAUCGACUGAUGCUGUACAACACUUCAUUGUUUAUAUGUGGGAUUGCGACAGCCCUCUCUCCUCUCAGUGACAGUUAUCCCUUCCUGAUCGGUUAUGCUGCAGUCUUUGGUGCAUUUAUAGGUGUAUAUGUGGGUUUGACCUCUGUGGUUCUUGUGGACCUGUUGGGACUUUCCAAGCUGACCAAUGCAUUUGGACUACUGCUGAUGUUUCAAGGCCUUGCAACAUUCAUUGGGCCUCCAAUUGCUGGUUGGCUGUAUGAUGGAACAGGAAGUUACGACAUUUCUUUCCAUGUAGCGGGUACAAUGGUGGCCAUCAGUGGUGCCAUGCUCUACGCCAUUCCGUUUGUCCAGAAAUGUCUUGGUCGCAAACCACCCACUGAUGAAAUAGAAAUAUCUGCUCCUCAGGAAGAAGAGAUGAAACCUCUGUCAGCUUGAACAAAUGAUCACCUUAUAAAGUUUGAAAAAUCUUUACAAAGUGCAGAUAUUGGUUUCCAGAGGGCAGACAUUGGAGACAUGCAGUGUUAUAUAUAUAUACCCACCAUACCGUGUCAUUGAUUAAGCAGGCACUUGAUAAAGUGAAAUAGAAGAAAUUACAUGCAACCGUCAUAUUUUCCUGCACUAAAACAAAAAUGCAUGCAUGUAUUAUCUAGUUCCAUGCUAGGUACAGGUUUUGAUACCUUAUAUGAAGAUAUUGUAGGAUUUAUAAUGGGGAAUUAAUCAUGCUUAGCUUCAUUAAUGAUAUAUUUUUAUAAAUGUGAAUGCCAUAUAUAUUUUACAUUAGAUUAUGAUUUUAUUCUUUGAUUUAUUCACAUAAGUACAAUUGCAUUUGAAAAGCAAUAGAGCACCUUUGUUGCUGGCAUCAUGAUGGUCAAUUCAGUGUGCCUUAUAUACAAUCACUAUGUAUGUAUUUAUGGCAAUAACAAGGUGUAUGUGUAGGUGGUGAUUGAAAUGAUGAAAUUCUACGGUAUCUCACCAAAAUACAAAGCUCAUUAUACCCCCCCCCUCUCUCUCUCUUUGAUCCGCUCUCUCAGCAUCACAACUCUUGACUUGCACAUUAUUUGGAACAUCUGAGUUCUUAGUAGCUAUACCUACAUGUACAUGUAUAUUUAGACCAUAAGCACUUUAUGUGCCCAUGUGUUCCCACUCCUAAUAAAGCAUAAAAUAGUGCCCCUUUAAUAGUGGCGAGCGUGUCAUGUGUCUAUGACAGGGAACAAUUACAUGUAGGCACAUAAAUAAUUUAUAUUAAAAAGUGCAUUAUCACUUAAUUCUCUAGCCUUGGGUGUCACUGAUUGUGACAAAAUUUCCAGUUGUUUUCUAUCACACAUUGUGUACUUCAGGACCAGUUCACUCUUCUAAUGUAUAAAGUCACAGUAAUCUGAGUUAAUUCAGAUAAUGGUGGGCUAACUCACUAGAUCUAUACCCAUUCAUACUUGGAUAACUUAACCAAUUUUUGUAGUUGGUAAGUUAAUCUGCUACGGGUGUGAAGUUGGUUAGAUUAAUUUAGUUCAUUGUCGUGUGAAUACGAAAUCAGUUCAAUUAACCAGGAUCAUGUGUAGUUUUAUCACAAACUGGGAUUUUUACUUGAUUUAAUUAUAUUGUUACUAUAAAGAAUAUCACAACUAAAUUUUGCCUAAAAUUAUUUAGUUGUUAGUUUUGAAAACUUUACACUGGUAGAAUAACUUACACACUAAAUUUUUUAUAUUGUUAGAAUGUGAUAUGGAUUAGAUAGGAUGUGUUUAUAAAGUUAUACUGCAUUUCAGCAAUGUUAACUUAACCCAGUGUGGUCCUGAAUAUUGUACACCAGGCGAUGUCAGUGAGUUUGGAGUGAGUGUAUUCAUAAGCAUUUUUCACAGACCAGACAUGCAUGGAUGUUAUGCAAGCUAGAUCCAUUUUUGGUAACAGGAAGGUGGGGAUGGGGGAAAUCAUGUUGAUCGAAAUUAAUGUUGAAUACAAAAAGUGCUAUUUCAUUUGUUUUUAUUUUACCUACAUGUAUGUUGCAUUAGACUUUAUUUGAAUACAUUCUGUACAUGUAAUUUUCAUGCGAGUCUGUGUUGAUCUGUGAAAGAUUUAUAUCCCACUCUUACAAUGAAGAUAUUAAUCAUGAAGACAAGAUAUUAAUUUUAUUGAAUUUUUCCAUAUUAGUAGUACUCUGCACUUACACAUUGUAGUUUGUCAAUAUGCAAAAGUUCUAAUGUUUAUCUUAGUAACACUUUUAAAAUGGCAUGUAGGAAAAUUAAUUUCUCUUUACAAUUUUCUCAGCAUCUACACAGCUUUUUGAUAUUUUCUUGGUGGAUUUUAAGGAGGCAUAGCACGUCAACAAUAGUUGUAUUGGAUGGAAAAUAAAAGAUCUAGAAUAGUUUGAAAUAUUUUUAAAAAUUUUAAAAUUUGCAUUACUUAUUGAAAACAAUGUGGCUUUUAGUAAAAAAAAUUGAAAACCCCAGUGGGGCUUAAAACUCAUAAUAUUCAGAUUGACAGCCUCACACGUUAAUCAGCUGAGUGAACCAUCUAUGUCACAUAAUUUAAAAAGCCAAAUAUUAUAUGACUGAUACUAUGCUUUGAAAGGAGGUCAGCCAUUACGACAAUUUUUGGCUAUCUGAGUGUGACAUGCAGUACCAGUUAUAAUUUUACAACUCAUGAUUGCGUAUUUCCUGUUUGGUGGGAAUACAUGAAUAAAUUUGAGAAAGACAAUAAUAUUACUUUCACUUUUAUUUCAAAAUUUAAAAUAUUGUGUUGGAAGAUUUCGUAAAAGAAAACUUCAAAAUUUCCAUUGCCUAAACUUGGUAUACAUUACCAAAAGACUUUAUAUAUUUCAUAUACAUUUGUCAUCCAUUACAAAUUUUCUGAUUUGUGUUGUAUGAUAAUUAUUUUUCAUUUGUGAACAUCCAUAAUGUACUAAUGGACAGUAAGAAAAUUUCACUAUAGUGUUUUGCCUCUAUGCAAUCCAGACUUUAAAUUUUCUUCAUUUUGAACCAAACCAACUGCAGUCUUGAGCUUUUUUGAGAGACUCUGAUUUCGGGCCAUUCGUAUUAACAGAAUCUAACUCUGGACAGUAUAUCUUUGUAUUCUAAAUAUUUUUGAAGUGCAAUACAACCAGAAACAUUUACACCUAGUCAAUAAAAAUAAAAGUAA